GAGUUUUGCUACAGCAGUUGACGAGGAUCUUGUCGAGGCCGGGCCGAGACCCUGCAACCUUCCGUCUAGCGGAGUCAGCGGCCGCCGCCGCGCCAGCUCACACGUGCGCCGCCACCACGUGUAUACCUGCCCCGAGCACCGCCACGGCAUCUGUAAAGCCCCCUUGUCGCCUCCCGGAAUCACGCACCACCCGCGCGCAUUUAUUCCCCUCCGCUCCCGACCUUCCCCCGCGUCAUGCCGUCGCGCCCCUCCUCUCCCUCUCCCCCUCCCCCACGCACGCCACUUCUCCCGCACCUCCCCCACCAUGGCGCCGUCUCCUGCUGCCGUAGCCGCCGCGAUGCCGCCCGCGGCGGACCCCGAAAGGGAGGAGGAGGCGGAGCAGCAGCAGACGAAGUGGGGCGCCGCGCUUGAGGGUCUCGUGGUGGGGAGCUACUGCCACGACGUGCUCCUCCGGGGCGGCCGCGUCGUGGGAGAGACGCUCGGCGGGGCGGCGGCCUUCGUCUCCAACGUGCUCGACGCCGCGUCGCCCCCGGAGGCUUCCUUCGCCGUCGUAUCCAAGGUCGGGCCCGACUUCGCCUACGCUUCCGCGCCGGCGCCCGCGCGGCACCCGUCGCUGCUCUGCCCCGCGCCGACCACCUCCUUCCAUGCCCGCUUCUCCGACGCCGUCGCGUCACCGGCCGCGCACGCGCCCGACCGGCAGCUCAGGCGUGUCCACGCCUGCGACCCGAUCUACCCCGACGAUCUCCCUGAACGCCGUUUCGCCUACGGCCUCGCUGUCGGCGUCGCCGGGGAGGUGCUGCCGGAGACGCUCGAGCGCAUGAUCCGGCUUUGCCGCGCGGUGCUCGUGGACGCGCAGGCGCUGAUCCGGGCCUUCGACGCCGACGGCGGCGGCGGCGGCGCUGCCGUUCGCCACAUGGCGCUGGAGGGCACGCCGUAUGCUCGGCUUCUGCAGCGAGUAGCGUUCCUCAAGGCGUCGUCGGAGGAGGCGCCGUACGUAGGGGUGGAGACGGCGAGGCGGCGCUGCUGCGUGAUCGUGACAGAGGGGAGGGACGGGUGUCGGCUGUACUGGGAAGGUGGGGAGGCACGCGUGGCUCCCUUCCCCGCCGUCCAGGUGGACCCCACCGGCGCCGGAGACAGCUACCUCGCGGGUUUCGCCGUUGGGCUGCUUUGGGGCCUGUCAGCUACAGACGCCGCGCUGCUUGGCAACUUCUUCGGCGCAGCUGCUGUCUCCCAAGUUGGCGUGCCCACCUUCCAUCCCAAGAUGUUGCAGGCUGUCAAACAAAUACUCGAGGAUAAGGCAAUACAACGGUCUAAUCCAUGUAUAAACGGUGCUACGUUUACCUUCCAGAGAUCAAAUAUGCAUGACGAGUUGCACGCCUCUCUGGCAGGAGCGGCGAGGCUUAUGUGCGAGCUGCAAACUGAUCCGGCAACUGACAACAACGGUGCUGAUAUUUGCUCGGCACAGGUGCCGACUUCACCGUCAAGUGCAUGCUGACCUGAAGUUCACGGGGAAAUAAUGUGAAUCGGCCGUUCCAGAUUUCACAUUGAGAUCUGUAUAGCCAACUCGCGGAAAAGCUUGUUUUAUACAUAGCAUGUUGUGUAUCAUGCUCGGGUUAUUGUAGUACUGGAGGCAAAAUGGGGAAUGUAUGUGAUCGAGCUGAGCUAAAUCACUUGUGUGUGUCCUGCUGCUCUCUGCUCGAUAGAUUUUAGGCUCUCGUUAUUGUCACUUGCCAGGCAAUUUUCCGUUCGUCCUCAGGAAAAGCGAAAGGCAACUUUCCAAGGAUUUUUCAGGAGACGAACUACAUCCUGGAAUACCAACGGCUUGUUACCGCUA